GGCUCACUGCCAUGCAUGUAUGCAAGGCAUGACGUAACUUGGACUGAACUGUCACUUGCACAGUGGUGUGCGCGUCCAUGUACGUGCGGCGUGAGCGCGCACCUCCUCACCACCGCCAGCACCAGCAGCAGCAAAGAAGCAAGCAGCGUCUUUGCCGUGAUUGGGCGGAGGGUGGUGAUUCCUUCUGGCACAAUUCCGGUAGAUCCCACCGGAGGAACCCUGGAGAAGCUUGAGUGGACGGUGCACACGCUUGAGUGGGCCCUCCUGCAAGUGAGGAGAGCAAAAACAGAAGGAAAGGAAGGCUUCUGUGCAAGAAGCCACCGACCACCUUUUCUGUGUGCUGGAAGGCUGCGGUAAAAGUGGUUGACCAUGCCGGUGUUCCACACCAAGACCAUCGAGAGUAUCCUGGAGCCGGUGGCCCAGCAGAUCUCUCACCUGGUCAUCAUGCACGAAGAGGGCGAGGUGGACGGGAAAGCCAUCCCGGAUCUGACCGUACCGGUGCAGGCGGUGCAGGCUGCAGUCAGCAACCUUGUGCGGGUUGGGAAGGAAACGGUUCAAACCACCGAGGACCAGGUGCUGAAGCGAGACAUGCCCCCUGCAUUCAUCAAGGUGGAGAACUCGUCAUCUAAACUGGUCCAAGCAGCUCAGAUGCUGAAGACAGACCCAUACUCAGUCCCUGCUCGAGAUUACCUGAUUGAUGGAUCCAGAGGGAUUUUGUCCGGCACAUCUGACCUUCUGCUUACUUUUGAUGAGGCAGAGGUUCGUAAGAUCAUCCGUGUGUGCAAAGGUAUCCUGGAGUACCUGACAGUAGCUGAGGUGGUGGAGACCAUGGAGGACCUCGUCACUUACACUAAAAAUCUGGGGCCAGGGAUGACCAAGAUGUCAAAGAUGAUUGAAGAGAGACAACAGGAGCUGACACACCAGGAACACAGACAGAUGCUCGUCAGUUCCAUGAACACCGUUAAAGAGCUGCUGCCUGUCCUGAUAUCAGCAAUAAAGAUUUUUGUGGCCACCAAGAGUGGUCGAGGCGCUGGUGUGGAGGAGGCUGAGAGGAACCGCCGUUUUACCUUUGAGAAGAUGAGCGGCGAGAUCAACGAGAUCAUCAGAGUCUUACAGCUCACGACGUGGGAUGAAGACGCCUGGGCUAACAAGGAUAUGGAGGCACUGAAGAGAUCUCUGGGUUUGAUUGAAUCUAAGAUGAUCCAAGCUAAAAAUUGGCUGAAAGACCCCUAUGCUCAACCAGGAGAUCCCGGUGAGGUCGCUAUACGUGUGAUUUUGGAUGAGGCCGGAAAGGUGGGAGAGCUGUGUGCUGGGAAGGAGAGGAAGGACAUACUGGCAACACAUAAAGCUUUGAGUCAAAUGACUGAUCAGAUUGCAGAUUUGAGAGUCAGAGGCCAAGGCCCAAGCCAGGCUUGUGUGCAGCGUGCAGGCCAGUGCUCUCAGGGCUUCGAUUUGUUAUUUGGCAAAGUUGACAAUGCUGCUCGCAGGCUGGAGGCUCUCAUCAAUGCCAAACAAGCCAUUGCCAGGAGGCUGGAUGCUGCUCAGGCCUGGCUGGCUGACCCUAACGGUGGUCCAGAGGGCGAGGAGAACAUCAGGGCAUUACUAGCAGAGGCUAAACGCAUCGCCGACCUGUGUGAGGACCCUAAAGACAGGGACGACAUCCUGCGCUCCAUCAGUGAGGUCGCAGGCCUCAGCACCAGACUUGUGGAGCUACGCAAACAGAUGAGAGUGCAGCCACGUGUCACCAAUAGCUGGCACGUUUUACCUGCCUGGAGGUUAUGUUGUUGCAUGUCAGCGUUGGGUGUCAGUCCCACAAUAAGGGGUAAAGGUGACAGUCCGGAGGCCCGUGCACUGGCGAAGCAAAUCGGGGCAGCCCUGCUGACCUUGCAAGCCAAGACCAACCGGGCUGUGGCCAACAUGAGGCCCGCCAAGCCUGCAGUCACUCUGGAGGGGAAAAUGGAGCAAGCUCUACGCUGGGUCGCUAACCCUGGAGUGGAUGAUAGAGGUGUAGAGUGUGAGAGACUAGAGUGGAACACAGGUCAGGCAGCAAUCAGGGGGAUGGUUGGAGAAGGAAGGAGGCUGGCAGGAUGCCUGUUGGGACCUUACCGCCAAGACAUGAUGGGACGCUGCGACCGAGUAGAGGGUCUGAUGACAUCCUUGGCAGACAUGGCAGGCAGGGGCGAGGCCGAGGCCCCCCAUGCUAGGGCAACGGCCGCACAGCUACAUGACAGCCUCAAGGACCUGAGGCAGAAAAUGCAAGAGGUGAUGACCCAGGAAGUAUCAGAUGUCUUCAGUGACACCACCACACCUAUUAAAUUGCUGGCCGUGGCUGCCACUGCUCCCGCGGAUGCCCCUAACAGAGGGGAGGUUUUUGAUGAGCGUGCAGGGAACUUUGAGGCCCAUGCAGGCCGUCUGAGUGCAACUGCAGAGAAGGCGGCUGCUGUGGGAACAGCCAAUAAGAGCACAGUGGAAGGGAUUCACGCUGCGGUCAAACAUGCCCGUGAGCUCACACCACAGGUGACGUCUGCUGCUCGUAUCUUGUUGAAGAAUCCGGGCAACAAGGCAGCGUACGAGCACUUUGACACCAUGAAGAACCAAUGGAUUGACAAUGUGGAGAGACUCACAGGUCUGGUGGAUGAGGCCAUAGACACCAAGUCUCUGCUCGACGCCUCAGAGGACGCCAUCAAAAAAGACAUUGACAAGUGCCGAGUUGCCAUGGCGAAUGUUCAGCCUCAAAUGCUCGUUGCCGGGGCGACAAGCAUCGCUCGGCGAGCCAAUCGGGUUCUGCUGGUAGCAAAGAGGGAAGUUGAGAACUCCGAAGACCCGCGCUUCAGAGACACAGUGAAACAUGCGUCAGACAUUUUGUCACACACCAUCUCACCCAUGGUCAUGGACGCCAAGGCAGUGGCUGGCAACAUACAAGAUAAAGGACUGCAGAAGGCCUAUUUAGACUCCUGUCUGAGGAUUUUGGCUGCAGUGGGAAAAGUCAGAGAGGCCUUCCAACCUCAGGAGCUGGACUUUCCACCUCCACCACCUGACCUAGAUCAGCUCCAAGUAAGCGAUGAGCAGGCUCCACCUAAGCCCCCCUUGCCAGAGGGCGAGGUGCCACCUCCUCGGCCUCCCCCUCCAGAGGAAAAGGACGAAGAGUUCCCGGAGCAGAAGGCGGGAGAGGUUCUCAGCGAGCCCAUGAUGGUGGCGGCCCGACAGCUGCACGAUGAGGCCCGCAAGUGGUCCAGCAAGGAGGCGGUAGAGGUAGACGAUGAAGAUGAGUUUACUGAUGGUGAGGAUGACUAUGAGCCAGAGCUGCUGAUGAUGCCCUCCAACCAGCCUGUCAAUCAACCAAUGCUGGCAGCUGCCCAGUCUCUCCACCAGGAGGCGCGCAAGUGGUCCAGCAAGGGUAACGACAUCAUCGCCGCCGCUAAGCGAAUGGCUCUGCUGAUGGCAGAGAUGUCCCGGCUGGUGCGUGGUGGCAGUGGCAACAAGCGAGCACUUAUCCAGUGCGCCAAGGACAUCGCCAAGGCUUCCGAUGAGGUGACAAGGCUCGCUAAAGAAGUGGCCAAACAGUGCACGGACAGACGCAUCAGAACUAACCUGCUGCAGGUGUGUGAGCGGAUCCCCACAAUCAGCACUCAGCUGAAGAUCCUCUCCACUGUGAAAGCCACCAUGUUGGGUAGAACAAACAUUAGUGAGGAGGAGUCCGAGCAGGCCACCGAAAUGCUCGUCCAUAACGCCCAGAACCUGAUGCAGUCCGUGAAGGAGACCGUAAGGGAAGCUGAGGCAGCCUCCAUCAAGAUUCGCACGGACGCAGGAUUCACGCUCCGCUGGGUGCGCAAGACCCCCUGGUACCAAUAAACACAAAGUAGUGAUUUUGUGGCAAAAUUUGAACAGCAGCACACACGCUUUGAAUAAAAGUAGCAACAUAGAUCUAGAUGAUUAUCUAUCAUCCUUGGUCGAUCUGCUUCAUCUGCUUUAAGCUCUCCUUUUCUUCCUUAAGUGGAGACACAGGAUUUGGAAUAUCUAUUUUUGGUAUGUUGUGUUCAAAUGAAACGCAGAUUGCAGGUAGCUAUAUAUAUAUAUUUUUUGCAUGAGAAUGUUUUCUAUUUUCUAAAUGCUUCGUUUCUUAAUAGUUUUAUGUGUUUUGUGUACCUCGAGCUGUGAGCUUUAUUCACUGAUUUGAAACACUUAAGGGCGGAGCCUGGCGUGGGUGGACCACAUCUCCUCCUCCUCCUCUUAUGUUUACUUUAACAAUUAACCGCUGCGCUGCAGGUUGAAUUUAAUGGUGUGACGUCAUCAGCGCCAUAUGAUGAUGCUUAUACUUGAAGAACUGUUAAAUCCUCUGGCUUAGAAGUAUUAUGACUCUUGGGCAAUGAAUUGUAUAAUAUCACGAAUAGUGUAUGCCAGUAAAAAGACCGGUUUAGUUGAUUGCUGUAAGGUAGUAAAGUGUUUAUGUGUGACACUAUGGUGCAGCUCAUCAUUUGUUAGCUGUAGGGAUGGGCAUGAUUAUCACUUUUUCGACUUGGUUGAUUAAUUGUGUCUUAAAGCAAUUGAAGCAAAAUAGAGUGCAGUACUUCGCUGCAAUCACCAGAGGCACUGUUGCUUCAAAGAAGGGCAAAAUGUCAACUACGGGAGCUACUGUACAUCCACUUCAAGCAGCAUUAUUCUGUUCAAUAUGGCAUGGAAACAGGAGUUCAGAACAUUCAGUUGGCAUGAGCCUUCAGUCGAACCAGAAAGUGCUAUCAUCCUCUCGUCAAGCCCAUCCCUAAUUUUUUUUUUUUAAGUUUAAUUUAAAAGCACUAAUUAAUAGGGGUGUCACGAGACACUUAGUUCAUACGAUGAGACGAUACACGAGAAUGAGACGAGAUUUCAACAUUAUUUUUAAGAAAAGUACAAUGAAAACAAGUGACAAUAUAUUGCAAUCUACUCAUUUAUUUUCUAUUACUUUACACUCUUCUCCACCACCCGAGACACAGCGACUGUAUGACUGACAAAAGGGCUUGUUUGUUUAUGGAACAAAUGUGCCAAGGUACUGAAACCAAUGCACAGAGUGAACUCUCUUCCUGCCUGCUUGGAGGCGAGAGAUGACGCACGCAUCCACGUGGCAAUAUAUCGAGGUCGGCGAAAUCACCCAGUUCAUUUUCAUUCAUUGUGUGAUUAAUGAGUUAAUUUAUUAUUGUUCCAGGCCUUGUGCCCUUAAGGCUUUAUUUUAAACGCGAAAUCUUGUCACGUUUUAAUCUCACAAGAUAUUGCGGCACGAGAGCUUGUGACGCCCCUACUAAUUAAAUAAUUUAAAUUAAUGACAGUGAUUAAAGCCAAAGGGUUUUUGUUUUGUGCUACCACAUGUUUGAAUUGAAUCUUACAUUUUUUGUGUAAUGGUCUUUUGUCUCUGUAUGGAACAUCAUAAAUGUGACACCCAAUCAACAUAAUCUAGAACUGAUUUAAAUACUCAUUAGGAAAAAAACAACCCUGGUGGUUCGAUGUGGUAUGCCCAACAUUGCAGGUUUUUAGAGCUUUUACAAGACAUGUUGGAGUAGUUACCUUCAGGCAGUUCCUUACAUAAUCCUUACAUUUUCUUAAACUGUCACUUUUAUCAUAAUUUAUACAGUAUUUUGUAUGAUUGCUGGGCAAAUGUAACUUUGUGUGUGUGUGUGAAUAUAGAAAUGGGCACUCCAUUGAAGGGAUAGAAUGUAGUGUGUAUGUAGCAGCCGCUUGCAGACAGCGACACAGAGUGUAGUUGUGUGUGCGUAUGUGUGUGUGUCCCACGCACCCUGAAUGUAUCCUGAGAGCUUGUGGCCCCUGCCAACACGUGUUGUGCCUUAGAACAAUAAAAGACGAUAUGAUGAA